AUGCUUCGUUUCUCGCUUGUCGCCGCACUCCUUCUUGUGGCUUCGUGUUUCGCCGAUGAUGAGCAAAAGCUGAGCUGGAAGGACGACGACGGACUCGAAAUCAAAAUCAUUCGGCCGAUCAAAGCCGAGAAGUGCAAAAUCAAGUCGCAAGAGGGCGACGUUGUCGAUCAAUGGUACAAAUUGAGCGACAAGGACGGCAAAGAGAUUGGAAGCAACUUCAACAAGAAGCCAUACACGUUCACCCUUGGUAAAGGACAAGUGAUUCCGGGAAUGGAUCGUGCCAUGACCGGAAUGUGCAUUGGCGAGAAGCGCAAGGUCGUCAUUCCGGGAGCGCUCGGAUUCGGCGCCAAGGGAAGAGAACGCGACAACAUCGGCGAGGAUCAGGUCCUUUACUAUACCGUUCAGCUCGUUGAUUUGUUCCGAGCGAUUCCGGGAGACAAAUGGACCACUGAUGAGGGAAUCGUCAUCGAGCAGACGCACAAGAUUGAUGAGGAUCAAUGCAAGAAGUCGAAGACCGGCGACACGAUUCAUCAGCAAUACGUGCUCCACUUGGAAGACGGAACAUUUGUCGACUCGUCGUUCUCGCGAAACGCUCCGUUCAUUUUCAAGCUCAACAAUGGCGAAGUCAUCAAGGGAAUGGACAUCGCGAUGACGGGAAUGUGCGAGGGCGAACGCCGAAAGGUGAUCAUCCCGUCGGACUUUGGCUAUGGCGACGACGGUCGCGCGCCGGCGAUUCCCGGAAAAGCUCGCCUCUACUUUGACAUCACGUUGGAGAAGCUCAUCACACGCGAUGAGCUUUAA